AUGGCACUCAAAUGGCUCAACUCGAUAAAGAGUCCAUCUGGAAAGAUCACUCCAAGGGCCCUGUCGGUAUUCCAGGAUGCGUUUAGUAAGUGGAACGGAUACUCUGUGAACGGAUACUCAGUUCACCACUUCCUGAGUUCUGUUGGCGUGGAGGUGCAAUACACGGUGACAGCGGCAGCACACCAUAAUGGCUUUGCGGAUGACAUUGCGGUGGUUACGGUCAGCAAGGAGCUGCCUGCGGUUGAGAAGAAAACAAACACCGCUAUCCGCCAUGUGGUGAACUGGCUCCCGACAAAUGGCUUAACACUGGCUGCCCACAAGACGGUGGCAGUACUGGUCAGCUGCCGUAAGGUAGUGGAGACAGACACAAUAUGCGUCGACAACUGUCUCUUACACUCGAAGCCAGCCAUUAGAUACUUGGGAGUAUGCCUCAGCUCCUACCGUACUGUCUCCGAGGAUGCAGCACUAGUGCUGGCCGGAAUGAUCCCACUAGAUCUUCUGACAAUGGAGACAAGGACCAACAGCCCCCAAACUACAAGGCGGGCUGAAACUAUGGAGGAAUGGCUCGUGAAGAGCGACCCGGCCCUCAAGCACCUAAGUGGCGAUGUGCAUGGCAUUCGCAAGACCGCGAAGGGCGAUCUUCUGCUGCGCCUCAAUAGGAAGCCGGAGCACUCCGCAGAUGAGCUUCAAGAAGCUGUGGGAAAGGCAUUGGGUGACCGGGCGGUAGUAAGAACGCUGACCGAAACGUCCCAGGUGGAGAUCAAGGACCUGGAUGAGCUGGCGACUAAGGAGGAAGUGCUCGAAGCGAUUAAAAGUGCCUUACAAGACGACUCCUUGCCGAUUGAAACGAUCAAAUCGCUGCGACCAGCAUUUGGCGGCCAGCAAAGGGCCACAGUUACUCUCCCAGCGCCAAAAGCCAGGACGCUUGUCGAGAAGGCCAAGACUGUUAGGGAGAUGCGCAUUGAUAUUGCCAUUAUCAGCGAACCCCACCACCGAGAAACCAACUGCCCGAGAAUAUGGACCGAGGAUCAGGAUGGAAAAGCUGCGCUCUGGGUAUGUGGCGACCCAUCGACAUCGCUGACAAAAACAAAGUCCUUUACUGGGUUUGUACGCGCACAAUACGGCAGCCUGUGGAUAUACAGCUGCUACCUGGCCCCAAGCAUGCAGCUCUGCGAAUUUACAGCUGCAUUAGAUGCAUUAGUAGAUGACGCAAGGGGGCGGAAGGUCAUUAUUGCUGGUGACUUCAACGCCUGGGCAGUGGAAUGGGGCAGCCAAGCAACUAACGCAAGAGGUCGUGCCCUGUUGGAAAGCUUCGCAGCCCUGGAUAUAGCCCUGCUAAACUUCGGCUCGGAAAAUACCUUCACUCGAGGUGGUAUCGGAUCCAUAAUCGAUCUCACCUUCGCAAGCUCGUCACUUUUUAGCGCAACAAAAUGGCAACUAAGCGACUUAUACACCGCAAGCGACCACUCCGCAAUAAUAUGCACGAUUGGUGAAGGAACUGCAGCCAGCACUAGAAGCCUAAGUCGGAAAGCUUACCGCCUGGAUACUUUCGACCCCGUGGCCUUUUCGAAUGCAGUCCAUUCGCUUGUCACUGCCGGCAACGCAGAGAGAAGAGCCUCCCAAAUGGCAUGCCAGCUAUCGCGUGCCUGUGACGAGAGCAUGCAAACCCGGAAAACGUUUCGGCGCCACCAUGUACCCACGUACUGUGGAACGAAAAUAUCCAGAGGCGGAACUGCAUCCAAGCCAGAGGAGAUAGCACCCGAGGAGUUUCCGGAGCUAAGGACAGAGCCGAAAAUGAUCCUUAGGGCAAGGGGACGAUCGCAGUCGCAACUCGUCGUUAAAAGACUCUACGCCGGCAAACAAGCGCAGCCUUCUGACCCAAGUGAGCUGAAGUUGAUUGUGGAAACGCUAUUCCCAAUCAGACCCGACGUAUUACAUACGCAAGCCAGACCAUCGAGCCACGUAGCAGCCAUGCCGUCUCUCAUCGACGAAGUCUCAGUCGAAGAGGUGCUGACGAUCGCCAGAAGCCUAAAGCCCAGUAAGGCACCGGGUCCGGACGGAAUCCCCAACCGAGCGCUGAAACUAGCCAUGUCCUUGCAGCCCGCGCAGUUCGUGCAGCUUUUUAACAUGUGCCUAAUGGAGAGAACUUUCCCCACAAUAUGGAAACUCCAAACGCUAGUUUUAUUACCGAAGCCUGGUAAGCCGCCCGACGACCCAUCGUCAUACAGGCCGAUUUGCCUCCUGGACACGUUAGGCAAAGUGCUGGAGAAGCUAAUCUGCAACAGGCUCCAGGUAGCUGUCGACAACAAUGGUGGCCUGUCCCAAAGCCAAUUUGGUUUCACCAAGGCAAAGUCUACAAUAGACGCUCUGGAGAAAGUGGAGACGAUACGCAGCUACUUCACUGGAAGACUGCUGCAAUACGACACCGCAGACGGCCCCACUACACAUCAAGUGUCCGCUGGAGUGCCCCAAGGCUCAGUUCUAGGACCCCUCCUCUGGAACAUCAUGUACGAUGGCAUCCUCCGACUGGAACUCCCGAUCGAUACAAGUAUCAUCGGCUUCGCGGACGCGUGCCUUGUAGUCGUCGGCAAGGAAUUGAAGGACGUAGAGGAAUCGUGCAACCACAGUAUUGACCGUGUGCACCAAUGGCUGGCAGCAGCUGGACUCGAGCUGGCUGCUCAUAAAACAGAAGCGGUGUUAGUCAGCAGUCGAAAAAGAGUGGAAACAGCGCACAUAAGAGUCGGCAGUGCGACAAUAGAAUCAGCAAGGGCGCUAAAGUACCUGGGUGUCAUGCUAGACACAAGAAUGUCGUUCAGAGAGCACUUGGAGUACGUGCACAAGAAAGCAGCAGAGUCCUGUCGAGCGCUAUCCAGGAUUAUGCUGAACACACGGGGACCGAAACAGCAGAGACGCCGUCUCCUUAUGACCGUAAACAGAGCGGUAAUAAUGUACGCGUCCCCCAUCUGGAGCAGAGCAAUGGCUCUUCCCAGCUACAGCGUACACUCUAUAUAUCGCCUAAGCGCUCUACGGGUCAGCUGCGCAUUCCGGACGGUGUCGGACGAAGCGGCGCUGGUUAUCGCAGGGAUGGUCCCGCUAGACGAACUGGCAACAGAAGCUGUAGUUUGCUAUAGAGCCCACAAUGGAAGCAACACAGCAAACUCGAUUCGCACUGAGGCAAGGAUGCAGAGCGUAGCACGAUGGCAAGCACGCUGGGAUCGCGCAUCUAAAGGACGCUGGAAGCAUAGGCUUAUCCCAAACUUGGAAGCCUGGAUAAAUCGCAAAGGAAUCAUAGAGGACGCCAAUCACGUCAUAUUCGAGUGUGGCCGUUUCGCAGCGAACAGACAGGAACUGGAGGACAUCAUGGGCAGACCUAUCACGGUGGACAACCUGGUCACGCAUGAUAGAGACCGCACAAAGUGGGACGCUGCCAGCACCUUCGCAGCAGAAGUAAUCAGAACUCAGGAGAGUUGA